GGUUGGACAGCGCGGUCCCACAGUGCCAGCCCAAUAGACUGAUGAGUUAUUGUCAUGUAAAAAAGCGCUAGCAAUAAGACCAAACGCUUUGCUAUUGUCCAAGCGGAAAGAGCCAAGUUUAUUAUGAGGACUAUAUGCUCUAGAGACCUGAGGCUAGGCGGCUCUUAGGGGGCUUUUCAUAAAACAGGGCGAAGCUCCUAUAAAGGAGGCCAGUUUUGGAGCAGGCGCUGAGCAGUGCACAUCUACCCACGGCCUCUUUCCAAAACAGUCAAAUCCAAGCAAUUCAUUUCUCCCCAACAUAUCUCGCGUUCUUAUCAUUUUUCCUGGGAAGUGCGGCUUUCUUUAUCCACGGAGCCUUUUCAAAUGUAUAAAAUGGAGUAUUCUUACUUAAAUUCCUCUGCCUACGAGUCAUGUAUGGCCGGGAUGGACACGUCGAGCUUGGCAUCAGCCUACGCGGACUUCAGCUCGUGCAGUCAAGCCAGUGGGUUUCAGUACAAUCCGAUCAGGACCACGUUUGGGGCAACCUCCGGCUGCCCGUCGCUCACGCCGGGGUCUUGCAGUCUGGGGACCCUGCGGGACCACCAAAGCAGCCCGUACGCUGCAGUUCCUUACAAACUCUUUACGGAUCAUGGUGGACUGAACGAGAAGAGAAAGCAGAGGCGCAUUCGGACCACUUUUACCAGCGCACAGCUCAAGGAGCUCGAGAGGGUUUUUGCUGAGACCCACUACCCGGAUAUCUACACACGAGAAGAGCUGGCGCUCAAAAUCGAUUUGACUGAAGCCAGAGUACAGGUGUGGUUCCAAAACCGACGCGCCAAAUUCCGCAAGCAAGAGCGCGCGGCAUCUGCUGCCGCUGCAGCUGCCAAGAAUGGCUCCGGGAAGAAGUCGGACUCUAGGGACGAGGACAGUAAAGAAACCAAAUCUACCGAUCCUGACAGCACCGGAGGACCAGGGCCCAACCCCGUCCCGACGUCCAACUGCAGCGGGCCCAGUCCAACCAGUGGCCAGGUCAACAUUUCCAGCGGAAACGGACAAGUGGACCAAGGGAAGACAUCAGUGUCUCCCGGCAUGUGUGGAAACACAGCGAUUCAAGGCUGGGCUUCUGCCCCCGGCACCAUCACCUCUAUCCCGGACUCAUUGGGUGGACCGUUCGCCAGCGUACUGUCCUCUUUGCAAAGACAGAACGGAGCCAAAGCUACGUUAGUAAAGACAAGCAUGUUCUAAUACAGCGGAGACCCAUUGACAAAAUCAACAAGAGAAACAUGGUUUACUGACUCCGGUGACCGAGGAGUGUUGAGUCCGUGGAAGGAAGGAUGUUACAAGACAGACAGAAGGACACUGAUAGGCCAAUCAUAACCGCAGUUGUAAAAAGAUGAAGAUUACUACUUUUAUUUUUUUGCCUCACGCCUUCCUUCUCGGCUAUCGUCUGGUAUUGUGGUCAUUCUGCACUUAUAACUGUCUGGUUCAAGUAACCACUAACAGCUGCGCAUUCAUACGCAGUCCCAUCAUAGGACCAGAUGUCAAAAUAUAUCGACACUGUAGGCUACAAAUCCUUUUUUAAAUUUUUUUUUUUAAGUUGCCGACAUUUUGAUUUGACUGAAGCUGUUUGAUAUAUCGAAUAUCUCUGCUUAUUAUCGAAUGAGACAUCAACUAUUUUGUCAUUUUCCUGACGCAACUUGCUAAGUAUAAGUAGCCUAUACGUCACUGUUUCAGGGCUCAUGAAGAAUGUAGUUUUUUUCCCCAAUUGUUGAUAUCAAAUGAACUUGCAUUAUUUCCAAAAAAAAGGCACAAAGUACAACAGUUCACCGCUGACAGAAAUAAGUAGGCCUAAUUGUUUUGUGUGUUUUUGUGGCUCAAAUUGUAUAGCGUUAAUAUGUAUUAUUGUAUCCUAUAGUUGACCAUAGGCCAUACUCCCCUUGUAGAAUCACAGUCUUUUUUGAUGUUUUACAAAGUUACAAUUGGCGAAUUUAUUUUGCGUAAAAAAAAAGGGAAUGGAUGCAAACAUUGUAUUUAUUUCAUUUUUAUUUGCAUGUUGUCUUUUCUGUCCAAUUUUAUAAUAUUUUCCCCCAUUUUGUGAGCAUAAUGUAACAUGUUUUGUCCAGGAUUUGAAAGCUAUUUAUAUGUAGGUAAUGAAUGCUUAUAUUUAAGAAGGAAAUAUUUCUACAUGUUCACAUAGUUUUCCAGGUGUACCAUUGAAAUGGUUGUUGAUGAUAAAAAUAAUAAUCAAAUUGGCUUUGUCAUGUUUCUCUUUGUACAUCUUUAGACAACAUGUAAGCAAACACCUUAGGCUACUAUUCUGCAUAGAAAAUAUUGAAAAAAGGUUAACCAAAUUCGCACAUAAAUUGCUAUUAUCUUCUGAUUCCCUAAUCCACGUCAAAUUUACAUAUUGGUUCUCACAAAUUAAAUCACAUUCUUUAAUAACUUUUGUCAUGGAUUCUGUAGUAUCUUGUAUUACUAUGCACAUCUAUAAUAUAAGUCACCUAAUA